AUGGCAGUUCGGAGGAGACGGCCAUCUCUCGCAAGAGUCGACUAUGAGAGUGGAAGAUUACCGGCUUUCGAGAAGAGGAGGAGAGCAAAGAAGUAUGUGUGGAGAAAGAGACACGGCGCUUGGGGAUGUCUGGGGAUGAUGGGCUUCGUUGUGUUCUUCUUUGGCUGUGUGCAUAUCGUUAAUGUGUCCCUGGGGUAUCUCCCGCUGAUCCACGAUGACCCUGCAUUUGCCUUGGAUUGGACCCAGCCUGAUCAAGCCUCAGCGGACAUGGCAUCACACCUGGUGGACAUCACCAAGGGUGUCACCCCAAUCCCCUGUCAUUCUCACAAUGACUACUGGCGCCGUGUGCCUCUGUACGAUGCACUCCGCUGGGGCUGCACUGGUGUUGAAGCCGACGUCUGGCUAUUCGACGAGGACCUCUUUGUCGGCCACAACACCCACUCCCUGACCAAAGACCACACCUUCCAAAAUAUGUACGUCGACCCGCUAGUCAAGAUGCUCGACCAAAAGAACGAAAACACCACGUUCCUCUCCGCGGAUGAACUCAACUCCACCACCAAGCUCGGCGUCUUCGACACAGCGCCCCAGCAAACCCUCGUCCUGCUCGUCGACUUCAAAAACAACGGCUCGCGAAUCUUCCCCUACGUGUCGGCCCAGAUCUCCGCCUUCCGCGAAAAGGGCUACCUGACCUACUACAACGGCGCCGAAACGAUCCAGGGCCCCAUCACCGUCGUCGCCACCGGCAACGCCCCCUUCGACGCCAUCAUCGCAAACACCACCUACCGCGACAUCUUCUUCGACGCGCCCCUCGACCGCCUCGCCGCCCCCGCCACCACCCCCGAGGACCAAACCCAGUACGACGACCCCCCCGCGCCCGCAUCUUCUGGCCAGGGCGCCGUCGGCACGUCCCCGGACUCCCAGUUCGACGCGACUAAUUCCUUCUACGCCAGCACCAACUUCAAGAAGUCCAUCGGCCGCGUCUGGUGGGGCCGCGUGAGCGCUAAGCAGCACGAGAAGAUCGCGGCGCAGGUUGCCGGCGCGCAUGCACGGGGCUUGAAAGUGCGGUAUUGGAAUGCGCCCAAGUGGCCGGUUGCGCUGCGGAAUAAAGUGUGGUGGGAGUUGGUGGGCACCGGUGUGGAUUAUCUGAAUGGGGAUGAUUUGGGGGGCAUGGUGGGUGGGGAUUGGAGGGGGAGGAGGCACUGGGGGUGGUUUGAGUAG